UAUGUGGAUUCUCAAUUAUAAAUAGAGUCGAGUGUCUCGUGACGUAUGUUUUGUAUGUUUUUAUAUGACGCCUUCGCAAAUGUAACUACAGCCCCGCUAGUUGGAGACUGCAAGUGUUAGUCCAUGUGCUUGGAAUUCGAUGCCGCUAGGACGCACAAUUUUGAUAGACGAUGACGAUGACGAUAGCAAUGGUAUUGGUGGACAACAAAAGCAAUGACAAGUCACCGCCACACGAGUUGGCCAGCGCAGAAUCGGAAGCUCCGGUGGAUGGCGACACAAUGAGAACGCCAAUCGAUUUCGUCCACGUCGGAGACUGCCUGGCUGGCUUCAUUUCGUGCCUUGGGCAGCCAAGUCCUGCUACAUGUCGUCGGUCACCAAGGUUAUACUCUCGAUCACAUGAUUACCAGCACAGAUCCAGCAACAAAUUGCAUGACUGGCAGUCUGGGUUAAGAAUCAAUACGCGAGGAAAGAUAAAUAAACGACAAUGCAGUCAAACAAGAAGCUUGGCCGAGAUAAGCCAAACCAGAUUCCAGUAUAAUGUGAAACUUCAAGCUAAUGACAGAAAAGAUCCAUGCGUGAAUAAAAGACGAAUGGAUGGAAACCAAAUGGUAUUCGCAUGUGUGACAAAAUCCUUAACAAGUGUUACCUGCAACGCCGACCACAUCUGACACCGGGUCGAAGCAAUAAAGAAAGAAAUAAAAGGAGUCAGGAAUAGAAAGAAUUAUCUCCAGCUUUUCCAAAAAUUGAACAUAAGAGACGAAAA